AUGGAUAUGGAUAUUCUAAGUUGGAAUUGCAGAGGCAUCUGCAACGACACAACAACUAGGGCUUUGAAAGACUUGAUCUCUCAGAAUCGACCCCAAAUUAUCUUCUUGUGUGAAACAAAGAUCAGUCGAAAGGAGGACUUUCAAAAGCUGCAUAGGGCGUUAGGGUUUGCCCAUUCUGAAACUGUCUUGAGUGAGGGGCAAUCUGGUGGCCUCGCUGUCUUUUGGAACGAUGAUGUUCGCAUUAGAAUGGGGACGACGUCCGCGCAUCAUAUGGACAUGGUGGUGGAGGGGAAUCCGGGUGAUCCGACCUGGAGGCUCACCGGUUUUUAUGGAUUUUCAAGAACGGCAGAACGUGAUAGAUCUUGGCGGCUCCUCAGGGAGUUGUCUGACUUGGAUUUUUUGCCCUGGAUUGUGGUUGGGGAUUUCAAUGAAAUCCUUAACAAUGAUGAGAAGAUUGAUGGCCCGAGAAGGGCUGAACACCAAAUGCGAGGAUUUCGUGAAGCGUUGGGUUAUGGGGAACUACUGGAUUUAGGGUUUCAAGGAACUCGGACGACGUGGUGGAAUUCUGAAACCAAACUGCGCCUAGAUCGUGCUGUGUGUACACCUUCAUGGUAUGAUAUUUUUGGAUAUGCAAAAGUGGUUCAUUUACCACCCAGUGAUUCUGACCACAAUCCCUUACUAUUAAGGGCUAAUGCUUGGCAAACUGAUGUCACAGGUGACCCUAUGUACCGAGUUACACAGAAGAUUAAACAUACCAGAAUGACACUUGAUAAAUGGCAAAAAAACACCUUCCGUGUUAGGAAACAAUCCAUGCUGGGAGUGAGAGGCAGACUUGAAGAACUUAUGGACGUCAAUAUUAACGAUGCAGUACAGGCAGAGAAGAAAGACUUAAUGAGUCGUUUGCAGACCUUACUUUCCCAAGAAGAAACCUUUUGGAAGCAACGGUCUAAAGUGCAAUGGCUGAAGGAAGGUGAUCGUAACACAGGUUUCUUCCAUAGGAAGGCUGCAAAUAGAAAAAGAAAGAAUCUGAUUCCGGGCUUAUAUGAUGAGGAUGGUACAUGGUGUGAAGAUGACGCUGGAAUGGAGAGAAUUGUGUCAUCCUAUUUCACCAAAAUGUUUACAGCUUCUGAGCUUGAUUUUGAGGCUAUGGACACUACUAUUUCUGCUAUACAACCAUGUGUUUCUCAUGAGAUGAAUGAGGAGUUGUGUAGGCAGUAUACCAGGGAGGAGAUCAAGUGUGCUCUUUUCCAAAUGUAUCCCACAAAAUCACCUGGACCGGAUGGGAUGCCGCCACUAUUUUUUCAGCAUUAUUGGGAAACUAUUGGUGAAGAGGUGACUGAAGCUGUUCAAAAUUUCCUUCAUACUGGUCAGUUGUUUAAGCAAAUUAAUUUUACACAUAUUUGUCUUAUCCCUAAGGUGAGCAAUCCAGCGACUAUGUCUGAUCUUAGACCUAUUGCUCUUUGCAAUGUGAUCUAUAAACUGUGUUCAAAAGCAAUAGCUAACAGAUUGAAAGUUAUUCUGCCGGGAAUUAUAUCACCUUUUCAAAGUGCAUUUGUUCCGGGACGACUUAUUACGGAUAACAUUCUGGUGGCUAAUGAAAUGGCCCAUUUUGUGCAUAAUAAGAGGGAAGGAUCAGAGGGUUUCAUGGCUUUGAAAUUGGACCUCAGCAAGGCUUAUGACCGGAUGGAGUGGUUAUUUCUCAGAAAGGUGAUGAACCGUUUUGGUUUUGCUCAGGUUUGGAUUGAUAUGGUUAUGUUAUGUGUUACCACUGUUAGGUACUCUUUUCUGGUUCGAGGUAAACCCCGUGGUUUCGUGAUUCCCUCUAGAGGAUUACGACAAGGGGAUCCUCUGUCCCCUUACUUAUUCCUUAUUGGAGCAGAAGGGUUCUCGGCUUUAUUGCAGAAGAAACAGAGGGAUGGUUUACUUUCUGGGAUUGAACUAUGUAGGGAUGCACCAUCAGUCAAUCAUCUAUUAUUUGCUGAUGACAGUAUGCUAUAUGCCAAUGCUUGUUUGGAGGAUUGUUAUCAGAUACAAGACGUGAUAGAAACAUAUGGCAGGGCCUCCGGUCAGCUUGUGAAUUUUAAUAAGAGUUCAGUUGUCUUCAGUAAGAAUGUUUCAGAAUUUAUGCAGGAAGAGGUCUCUAGUCUUUUAAGGGUGGAGAUUGUUGACUCACAUGAAAAGUAUUUAGGUCUCCCAACUUAUGUUGGUCGGAAAAAAACAGAAACUUUUCAAUAUAUAAAAGAUAACUUGGCCAAGAAGGUGACGAAUUGGCAAGGAAAAUUUUUAAGUGGAGCUGGGAAGGAUGUUUUAAUCAGAGUAGUUGCUCAAGCUCUACCUACGUAUGCUAUGAGUGUUUUUCAACUUACAAAAUGUUUUUGUGAAGACUUGGAGCAGAUGUGUGCACGCUUUUGGUGGGGAAGCUCUCUUGAUAAAAGAAAGAUUCAUUGGCAGUCCUGGGAUGCUUUGUGCAACCCGAACGAAGAAGGAGGACUUGGGUUUCGUAGCUUAUCAGAGUUCAAUUCGGCGAUGUUGGCAAAACAAGCCUGGAGAAUUAUUAACAAUCCUUCAUCCCUUAUUGCUCGGCUCUAUGAGGCUAAAUACUUUCCUGGAGGUACUUUUUGGACGGCAGAGGCUCAUGCAUCUCCAUCUUAUUCUUGGAGAAGCAUUUUCUCUACAAGGGAGUUGAUUGUUCAAGGAUCCUUAUGGCAGAUUGGAGACGGAGAGCAUGUAAGAGCUUGGGUAGACCCUUGGGUUUCUGGCAUUCCAAAUCAUAUACCGACAGUGUUGCCUUCAAAUGUGAAUACUUCCAUUAAGGUCAGUGAGUUUAUGACUGAUUCUCUUACUUGGAAUGAUGUUUUGGUUAGAAAUACUUUUUCUGUGGAGGAUGCAGAAGCAAUUUUGAGUAUUCCUUUGAGCACUAGAAUAGUGGAGGAUAGGUGUGUUUGGAAAUUGGAAAGAGAUGGGGUAUUUUCUGUUAAAACUGCCUAUCGAAAGUCUUUUUCACUUUCACCUUCUCGACGGCCGAAUACUCUUACUGUUAAUGGUGAAUUUUGGAAAAAAAUUUGGAGGGGAGCUAUUCCAAGCUCUGCAAGGGUACAUGCUUGGCGUGUUUGUAAUAAUAUUCUUCCCUCUUUGGAAAGACUAGCUGCUAAACAUGUAGUGCUAGAAUCUCAAUUAUGUGUUUUGUGUGAAGCUGAGCAGGAAAAAAGAAACAAUAGGGUGUGGGAACAGAAGAAAUCUCAUGCUGUUGAUGUUGCUUUAAGAGCUUGUACUAGGCUUGCUGAGUUUAGGGUGCACAAUGUGCGGGUGCCGAGUGUGGGACAACGAACUACUGUGACUUCUUGGAAACAUCCUCCUCUUGGGGUUUUGAAGGCCAACUAUGAUGGUUCAUUCAAUCCUGAAACAAAAAGGGGAGGUCUGGGUUUUGUCAUCCGUGAUUCAUCUGGAAUAUUGAUUGCUGGAGGGGCUAGACCUCUUAAUAAUCUGCUCUCAGCUGAGCAUGCUGAAGUGUUGGCUUGUCAAGCUGCAUUGGCAUUUGUGAGAAGUCAUAACAUGAUGCCUGUAAUCUUAGAAACAGAUUCUAGCUUGGUGCAACGUCAAGUUUCUAGUCGAGCUACAAGGAAUACUUCCUUACUGGGAAGAAUUUAUGAUGACAUUGUGGAGGCAUUACGUUUCUACCCAAAUGUGAGCAUCUUACAUACUAUGAGGGAGGCCAACCUGGUGGCUCACCUCAUAGCUGAUCAUGCCAAGUCCUUACAGUAUGAGAGUUUUUUCUUUUCUACCCCUACCUUUCUUAUGGCUGCAGUUGCAGCUGAAUGUCAUGUUUUGUAA